ACCCCGGUCUGCACCAUGCAGUGGAGACGGCGGCACUGCUGUCCCAUCAAGAUGACCUGGACCGUCAAGCGCUCGCUGUUUCGGACCUAUGUGACUGGUCUCCUCUCACUGGCUCUGCUCUUCACUCUCUUUUUACUUUUCAGCCACCAGGACUGGCUGCCAGGACACAGUGGGCCUCGUGAAAACCCACUGGCCUAUGCCGUCAGGGGCUUCCGCACUCCCAAGGGAGAAUCCAACCAGAGCAGCUCCCUGAGGAGCCUGUGGAGGGAGGCGGGGUAUGUACCACCAAAGCCUCUGCUCAACCUCAGCUCUCAGCAAGCGGAGGGUGCAGCAGGAGAGGCAACAGGAGGAAUAGGAGGAGGUGGGGACUCCAUGAGCACUAACAAUAGUUUACAGAAGGAGAUGGGUGUAGGAGGGAAGCUCAGCGCUCAGCCCUACCGCUACAUCCUGAACGAGCCCUUCAAGUGCAGGGACAGCACACCCUUCCUCAUCCUCCUCAUUGCUGCAGAACCAGGACAGGCUGAUGCCCGCAAUGCAAUCCGCCAGACAUGGGGAAAUGAGAGUGUAGCAAUGGGCUUGGGGUUUGUCCGUCUGUUUCUGCUCGGCACAGGAACGACUUCAGACACCGUCCUCCAGAGCAGCAUAGAGGAAGAGAGCCGUGUUUAUCAUGAUAUCAUCCAACAGGACUAUCGGGACACUUACUACAACCUGACCGUCAAGACCCUGAUGGGCAUGAACUGGGUGGCCACCAAUUGCCCACAUGCCUCCUAUGUGAUGAAGACAGACAGUGACAUGUUUGUCAAUACAGAGUAUCUCAUCCAGAAGUUACUGAAACCUAAGAUCCCUCCAAAGCAGAGGUACUUCACCGGCCACCUGAUGACAAAUCAUGCACCAAACCACAACAAGGACAGCAAGUGGUACAUGCCACCAGAGUUGUAUACAGACAAGCUCUACCCAAUAUUCUGCUCAGGCACAGGAUACGUGUUCUCAGGGGACAUGGCCGAGCUGAUCUAUCAGGCCUCACUCAGCAUACGCAGGCUUCACCUGGAAGAUGUUUAUGUGGGGAUCUGCCUGGCGAAGCUGCGCAUUGACCCAGCUCCACCUCCCAAUGAGUUCCUCUUCAACCAUUAUCAUGUGCCUUACUCCAGUUGUAAGUACAGCCAACUGAUCACAUCCCAUGGAUUCAACCCCUCUGAAAUCAUCAGGGAUUGGAACCACCUGCAGAGCAACAAGAAUAAGCCUUGUUAAGCCAUUAACAUAGUAAAGUUCCAUGGAGAGAGGCCUCCAUGAUGGACCCUGUGACUACAACCUGCUUCAAAAAAGGGAAGCUGGUCCACUGUAACUACUGCUGGUGGAGGGCAUGUUGAACUCAGCACUAUACACUAUAUGGGGAAAAGCACAUUGUUUUUGGUAUUGUGUAGUAAAGAGUAGUGCAGUUUGUCACAUUCUAGGAAUAAUAUUUGAAAAAAUUGAAAAAUUAUGACACAGUUGUGCUUACACAGACAAAGACAAAUGUCCAUGUAAUAUGUUGAAAAGUUACACUACCUAAAUAGGAAUGAAUGAUGAAUCUUUGACAUUGACCAGUUAUGCUGCCCUGUUUCUCAGUGUUUACUUUACAGAUCUAUCAAAGAACACUGAUCUGAAGAGGUUUAUCUGUCAUACACUGUAU